UUUUUCUUUCACCUGGAUUAAUAAUUUAAGGAUAAUUAAUAAUUUUAUUUAAUUUUUUCUUCUGCAUUAAUAAUUUCAGAAUGAUUACUGGUUAAGAGAACUUUGAGGUACAUGAAUGUUGCAUACUACACCCCUAUAGACAGUUUCUUAUUUGUGAGCUAGACAUGCCUCAACAAAUGCCCGCUUCACCUUCUUUAGUAGCAUCGGUGUAUGAGUUGGAAGACUGAGAUGGGGAAGCUGUUUCCAGUGGAACCUAAUGUAUUUCCUUCCAGCUAAUCACCACUGGGCAUGGUGGUGUCCAGACAGCUCUGUUGUUAAACUGCGCUGGACUGUGGGGUUGAUGUGAAUAACUUGCUGUCAUAGAGGGACUGAUCUUAAAGCUUUAACUAGGGACUCUGCAAAUUCCUGGUGGACUUCACUUUAAAAAGAAUAUUUUAUGUCAGAUUUUUGCUCAUUGUAUUUUGAGAGAUUGUCAGACCAUUUACUCUGAUUUAUUCCAUUCUGUAUAGGUUCCUGUUCUACAUCUACCCUGAUGGUAUCAGAAUGUCUUCUGGACUUCUUGAUGAUAAAAAACAUUAGAAAACAAGACUAGCAUCUGUCAAAUGGGGUUCCCUCUCCAUUUCUCUCUCCACACCUUUCCUUUCAAGGGAGAAGAAGCAAAGAAUAGUAUGAAAAGUGCAAAAUGUUUCAAAUUCCUGUUCAAAACCUUGAUAAUGUAAGGAAGGCUCGAAAAAAGGUAAAGGACAUUCUUGUGGAUCUUGGGCUUGACAGCUGCAGGGAAUUGUUGAAGAAUCUUAAAAGUUUUGAUGCAGGUGAAAACUACUUUCGUAACACUUCAUGGAGUGAUGUCUCUCCUUGGGAGCCUGUGGGCAAAAGGAAGAGAUACAGAACAAAGCCAUACUGCUGUGGCUUAUGCAAGUUGUCAUUCAAAUUGCUUACUUCUUUCAAGAAUCACUUGCAUCGUUACCAUGAGGAUGAAAUGGACCAGGAGAUGGUGGUUUCUUGCCCAAAAUGUGCAUUUUCUUCUCAUCCCAAAGUAGUGGGAGAACACAUGUGGAUGUUCCAUUCGUUUAAUAAACAAAUACAGAACUAUACAGUCAGCAUUUUGGAUGGCAUGAAACAAUUUAGGAGUGACAUCAUAAAUUUCACUUGUCUAAAAUGUCAAUUCACAGACACCUUGUAUUACAAUAUGAAGAAACACGUGCUGAUAAACCAUUUUGAAAACUUGCUAAGUGCAUAUUUUGGUGAGAAAUGUGAUGAAAGUACGCCAAAUUCAGUUGAGUUCUACUGUAAAAAAUGUAAUGCUCCUGCAAACAGCCCAGAUUCUUUAAUGUACCAUGUCUUGACAGCUGAAACACACAGAGACCUGGAGAACAAACUUCGUUCUCUGAUUUCAGAACGUAUUAAGAAGCCUGGACUUGUGAAACAAAUGCAUAUUGCUCCAAAGCCUGUCCCAGGUGUAGCAGCAGCUGCCCCUGUAGCAGCAGCAUCUGCAGGGCCUGUCAUUGUCCCAGCAGGUUCUGUGACAGCUCCAGCUUGCAUCCAGGUUGCGUUUCCACAGAAUAAUCAAAACCAGAGCAUGGUGCACACACAAGCAGUUCAGAACACAAUUGGACCAGUGACUAUCCCAAGUGCCUCUGGCAGCCUCCCGAAAACCACCUAUGCUCCUGCUGCUACAUCUUCGCAGGUCACUCUUGUGCCCAGCAAUCCUCCUGUGGCUCAGAAUAACCUUGGUAUGCCUUCGCAGGCUGUCAUUGUUUCUCAUGGGCUCCAACUUAAUCAUUCUGUUGGGACCAUAAGUAGAGCUGUGGCCCCUGCGGUUCUUCCUCUUAAUCAGCCCGUCAGGCCUGGACUCUUUCCUGUUAAUCAAACUAUUGGAACUAUAAACACUCUGCUUCCAGCUGGAACGCUCCCUGCUACUCAACCUGUUGGCCCUGUGAGUCAAUCAGUUGCACCAGGAGUCCUCCCUGUGAAUCAGUCAGUUGCUCCAGGAAUUCUGUCUGUCAGCCAGCCACUUGGGAACAUGAACAGACCCAUCGAUCCCACGGUCCUUCCAGUGACGCAGACAGUUGGGUCGGGUCUUCUCCAGCUUAACCAGCCUCUUGCUCCUGGGGUGGUUCCUGUUAGACAGCCUGUUGGACCUGGAUUCCUUCAGCUUAAUCAACCUGUUUCCCCAGCAGUUAUCCCAGUAAAUCAACCAGUUCAGCCUCCGGUUUCUCAAAGCACAGCUUUUUUGACUGCAGGCUCUGUACUGAGGCAGUUGAUUCCCACUGGCAAGCAGGUUAAUGGGAUACCUACUUUCACACUGGCUCCCGUCUCUGUUACUUUGCCUGUUUCUCCCUGUGGUGGAGUAGCUACUGUGACACCUCCGCAAGUGCCCAUCCAGCUCAUGCAGACAGGAUCAGUGUCUCAGCUGUCCCAGUCACCAGCCAAUGCUCCCUCUCCUCCUGUGGUUCUGACCUCUGACAAUGUAUCCUUGCAGGCCUCCCCGCCUGCUCCUGAAACAAGCCAAGCUGUCAGACAGGCCAAGCAGUGGAAGACCUGCCCUGUUUGUAAUGAGCUUUUCCCCUCAAAUGUCUACGAGGUGCACAUGGAGGUGGCCCACAAACCACUUGAAGUAAAAGUAGAAACCCCAGAACCUCACAAACUUGCAGCUUGUGCAUCCUUUCUGAGGAUGACGGAAAAGGCGAUCGGGUGUUACGCUUGUAAAUGUUUUCUAUGUGAGGAAGAGCUCAUGAAGCAUAUCUUCAUGCAUGGCUUAUCUUGCUUGUUUUGCACAGGUACUUUCUAUGACUUAAAAAGCCUUGUGGAGCACAACAAAACUGCACACAAUGAGAGAAAGGAGUUGCAUGCAAGUUACAGCAACAGAGGAAUUCAGCUAGGUAGUGAUGCUCAGGGUGGCCUUGUGUUCCCACACUUUGAUUUCAACACAGUGCUACCAGAUGAAGACAUGGGUGAAAGAGAAGUGCAUUUGGCAGUGCUUGUUGGAAUAUAUUCAACAGUUCUUGUCCCUGUUUACAUCAAAGUGAAACCUCAGACAGCACAAGUGAACAGGAGAUGCACCAGAAAAAUGUUCACCUGUCCCUUUUGCUUAGGUACGUUUGCUGGUAGAGAAACCUAUGAAAAGCAUUUGAAAGAGAGGCAUCAUAUAAUGCCAACUGUGCAUACGAUUUUAAAGUCUCCCGCUUUCAAGUGCAUCCACUGUUGUGGUGUGUACACUGGAAAUAUGACUCUGACAGCUAUUGCUAUACAUUUGCUCCGUUGUAGAAGUGCUCCCAAAGACACCAACUCGAGCCUGAAGAUGCAGCUUGAGCGCACUGAGAGGAAAGAACUGCUGUUUGUGAAUGGUGAGAAGAAUCUUUCUGUGGUACUGAAAAGAAAGCAAUCAGAUUCCUGCUUUGUUUUAGAAGACCAAAGGAAUAAGGAACAGCAGCCUCUGAGCUUAAGUAAUGGCAUAGCUCUGUCUGCAGAGAACAAAGUGAAUUCAGGGGUAGUGCCUUUUAAACGACAAAAGAUUAGGACUGAGAUGAGGAAGCUUCCUUCUAGUGAGGAUCUCCGCUUUCUAGCAGUAGAUCCUAAUCAGUAUGAUCACAAUUCAUAUGAGGCACAGAAACAGUUUUUGUCAGACUACUUUCACAAGAGGCCAUAUCCUUCUAAAAAAGAGCUGGAAUUACUUUCCUUGCUGCUAUAUGCAUGGAAAAUUGAUGUUGCAUCAUUCUUCGGAAAAAUGAGGAAUACAUGCUUAAAGGCGGUAAAACAUCACAAACCAUCUGUGCUGAUGGGUUUCAGUAUGUCUGAACUAAAAAACAUUAAGCACAGUUUGAAUUUAAAAGAUGGACCAUUGGAUAUGUAGCCCAGAUUUUUAUAACAGCUAAAAGCAAUCCAGAAUUGCAUACUUAAAAUUUAGCAGUUUAUUAUAUUGUUUGUUUUAACUUGCAGACUGGCCUGUUGAAGGGUGCAGUAAUACAAAAAGUAUCGUUCACUUGUGGCUGUUAUUGUGAAAGGCACACGUAGUUGUGUAUUUUAAAAGCUAAAACCUUCAGACUUAAACAUCUGGAAUUUGUUUUAGCUUUUUACCUUCCCUGGGGGUAGUGUUGUGGGGGGGGGUUUUGUUUGUUUGUAUUUGUUUUUUGUUUGUUUGUUAUUUGUUUUGCUUUGUGGUUUUUGUUGUGUUUUGUUCCACUUAUUCUUCCCCUCCAGGCUCCUAUUACAUUUUUUAUACCACCGUGUAAAACCCUUGUUCUUGUUAAAAUCAAAUUUUAUUUUUCUGCAGUGUCAUUUUUUCUAAAUAAAAUGUGUAAUGUGGGUUAAAAUAGCAAGUUAAACUAUGUGAAAAAUAUUGAUUUGAUUAUUUGUAAUUUCCUGAUAUUUUUUACCUGUUUUUGGUUUAUCUGCUGAAGAAGUGAUUGUGACCAUUACAUUAAUUGUCCUUUCAAAUUCCCAGGGAACUGGUAGCUGUGAAAUACAUGACAUUGUGUUUUUUUCCUUGGUCAGAAUACCUGUGCCAGUUAAGUCUGGUGAUCUGUGGCUCCUGCUGAGUAUUAACAUGAGGGGCUUUUGGGUGCUCAUUGAAAUGUUACAGUGAACAGACUUGAAAUGGUUGUGUUAUCUGUUAAAUAGAUCUUGCUAACCAGAAGUGUUUAUCCUUUUCAUUUGGUGUUGAAGCCUGGUUGUUUACCUAUUGUUCAAAGCAGCAUUGAUUUUAUUUUCUUUUUCAAAAAACAAAGCUACUUUGGAGAGUGUCACAUUGCUUUGAUACAUGGAGUAUAUGACCUCUCUGCAUGUCACUUAUGUGUAGAAGCCCUAUCCAAAUAUCACCCAAACUUGGUGAAAAAUCUGACAUUUUAAAUUGCUGUUUUAUGAGGUAGUAACUGAGUAGAGCCUACUCCCCAGCAAAUUAGAUCCCUGGCGUGAAGUCCCUUGGGUCAGAAAUGGUACAAACUGAACCUGGAUGAAUCGGUAGCAUCAAGACUUUCAACUAUUGGUACUUGAGCCCAUGAUAUUCAUGUAGUGAUUGAUUCUUGUUGGCCUAUAGAGAGCAUCACACCCAAACAGACUUAACUUCAGUAUGGACUAACAUCUCUGUUGCAGAAUAAAGAAGAGCUGUUGGGAAGGUUCAUUUGAGUUGAAGCGCACAAACUGGUGGCCACAUCGAGGCCUUGUGUGUGUCCUUUCUGGAUAUGCUUGUUUUCAUCUGGCUUGUCAAAGAGUGUCUCCAAUACCAACAGCCAGUUACAUAAUAAAUAAUCUGUAAGAUG